AGUCCAGUGGGCGGGGCUAAGCGGUGUCCUCUCCGCCACAAAUGUUCAUGCCGUCUCCAUGCGAGAGUUCAGCCGCACCGCGCACUCUAGGAGCUUUCCUGUCUCAUAUCCAUGUUCACUUUGGGUUGGAUGUCGUCUUGAUUGAACAAUAGACGUGAUGGUUUCAUCUUUGGACAACUUUUUUUUUGGAAUGUAGGACAUCUGUUUUGCGUCGUCGCCUACAGCUUCUACGUGUGUUUGACCUGCAUUUCACACACGCCAGCAGCGCACUUCCGACUUUCUGGAACAAAUGAUUUCCCUACUCCCGGAAUCAAACGCGAGUGUGUUUUCUAAUCAUGGCAGACUUGGUAACAGAAAACAAAGAGGACUUUGUUGGGACAAAUGAAGAUUCACAACCUUAUCUUUUUGAAACUAAAUAAGUGGAGGAUGAACUGCUGGUUAUAGAAGCAAGCACAAAGAAGAAGUUGAAACGUUGGAGCAGACGGAAGCCGAGAGCAUGCGACAUGGUCACUUUGCAAAUCUGGAACUUUGAGCCAAGCUAUGCCGAAUUAAUGGAUUGCUUACCCAAAUCAACUGGAAACAUCCCCGGCCAGCUGGACCAAACGGACAACUGUCCAUCGAGAGUUGCCGUUUGUUCGUACGCUAAUGUGCGCUAGUUUUGUGUGAGGGUGCGCUCAGAUGAGGUCACUACAAACGAGACUUGCGAGACUCGAGAGAGAGCCUGGAUGGGAAAGAGCGUGAGUAUGGACAACCUUUCUGACUUCGGCGGACCCUGUCCUUCCAGCCGCAGGGAAUGGGAUACCAGCAGCUGCGUGGAUGAUUUAAUGGAUGAAGAUGAAAAAGACAGGGCAAAAAGGGCAUCCCGAAACAAAUCAGAAAAGAAGAGAAGAGACCAGUUCAAUGUGCUCAUCAAGGAGCUAUGCACCAUGCUGCAGGGCCAAGGCCAUCCUCGCAAGAUGGACAAGUCCACCAUACUACAAAGAACCAUUGACUUCUUGCAGAAACAAAAAGAUAUCAGUGCACAGAAUGAAACGUGUGAUGUCAGACAAGACUGGAAGCCUUCAUUCCUCAGCAACGAGGAGUUCACGCAGCUCAUGCUAGAGGCGCUAGAUGGCUUCUUGGUAGCAUUAACUACGGAUGGAAACAUCAUAUACGUGUCGGACAGUGUGUCUUCCCUUAUUGGACAUUUGCCGUCAGAUAUGGUGGACCAAAAUAUCUUAAAUUUCCUCCCGGAGCGGGAACACGGGGAGGUGUACAAGCUGCUAUCAUCCCAUAUGCUGAUGACUGACCCCAUUGCUGCUGACUUCUUGGCCAGUGAUGCACAUGUAGAAUUUUGCUGUCACCUAGCCAGAGGGAACAUUGAUCCAAAGGAGCCGCCUGUGUACGAGUAUGUCAAGUUUGUUGGAGAUUUCAAAUUUCAUAACAAUGUGCCUACAUCCUCUUGUAAUGGGGUUGAAUUGACGUUACCAAGAAGCCUGCAAUCAUCGCUGGAGGAGCAGGUCUGCCUCAUUGCUACUGUUCGAUUAGUCACCCCGCAGUUUGUCAAGGAUUUGUGUAACGCGGAUGAUCCUUGUGAUGAAUUCACAUCGCGGCACAGCCUCGAAUGGAAGUUCCUGUUUCUAGAUCACAGAGCUUCUCCAAUCAUAGGAUAUUUACCCUUUGAGGUUCUUGGAACGUCUGGCUAUGAUUACUAUCACGUGGAUGACUUGGAGCUUAUAGCGCAAUGUCAUAAACAACUGAUGCAGUUUGGAAAAGGUAAAUCCUGCUACUAUCGCUUUCUGACAAAGGGUCAGCAGUGGAUUUGGUUGCGGACGCACUACUACAUCACGUAUCACCAGUGGAACUCCAAACCAGAGUUCAUCGUGUGUACUCACACUGUUGUCAGUUAUGCUGAAGUGCGAGCUGAAAGGAGGCGAGCGUUUGGCCUUGAAGAGUUGUCUCCACCUGAGAUUGCUCCCUCUUCUGUGAAGGCCCAGGAACUGUACUUGGACAUGUGCUCCACAUUGGACCCACCACGGGACAGAAACAGCGGCGCACGUUCGGUAUCCUCCCACAGCUCCCGGAAGUCCUCCCACACAGCCCUGUCAGACUCUGCAUCAGCAACAAACUCGUACACAGAGACCUGCACGCCGUCAUGGCAGGCUGCUUCUAUCGGCUCCGAGAGAACGCCGGCCAGACAAGCUGGGAGUUCAAAGAAUUUGACCCAAAGACAAAAUUCCUUUGACCUGGUCCCCCAAAUGAGCCUCCCUGUUUCCCCUCCCUGCAGCAAGCACUCAGCGAUGCAAACGCAGCAGCAGCAGCAGCAGCAGCAGUCACCGUCGUCAUCUGUGUUCCAGCUGCAGGAGCCUCAGCUUGGUGUCAUGAACCAGCUGAAGGAACAAUUGGAGGAGCGGACACGCAUCCUGCAGGCUGACAUUAAGACGCAGCAGCAGGAGCUCCACGACAUCAAGGAGAAGCUUCACCUUGCUAAUCUUCAGAUGUUGCUACAGCAGCCUGUCCACAAUGAAUUUGGCCAACAGCCCCAGCAACAGGGCCCAGGCAGGCCCAGCCCGCAGAGCCAAUCAGGGGUCAUCAGGCAGCUCCCAAGCCACCCGAAAGCACCGUCAUGCGGGGCUCACAGUUCGUCCCCUCAUUCGCUGCUGAGGGAGAACAGCUCUCCCUCAUCAACACAGAGGAUCUCCCGGAGCGGCCAGGUGCAGUCAGUGAGUUUGCCGGUGCAGACCAACACGAGUCUGACCAUGCCCUUCUACAGCAACCCCAUGAUGUUCUCUCAGACCAACACCAGGCCUCUACACGAUGCAAACCAAAGACACACGGACAACAGCGAGUUUAACCAAGAUGGACAACUACGCAGCAUGCUCCUCAACCAGCCAAUGCAGACGCUGGUUCCCACCAGCAGCGGGUCCUCGCAGCCUUCCCAGCAGUGCAACAUGGGCAUUCCCCAGACCCUAUACACCUUGGAUCAGCAGAUCAUCACGCCUUCAUUCUCCAUGCAACAGGUCAACUGCAACGCCGUGCUCGUGCCGUCUCAGGUCUUCACGUCGCCCAUCAUGAUCCCGCACAACAGUUUCAUCUCCCACCAGUCGCAGUCAAGCUACCAGGCUCAGCCUCAGGCCUCACAUCACUCCCUACAGCUGCAGCAGCCUCAGCAGUUCUUUCAGAUGACUCAAGGACUUGUGCACAGCGGGUCGACUCCAGCGUUCUUACACACCGCCAACCUCCAGCAGCAAAGCACCGUGGGAUACAUCCAGCAGCAACAGCAGCCGCCGCAAUCACAGCAGCAACAAAGACAAUACCAACUUUCCCAAAACCAGAAUGCGAACGUUUCAGACUUCAGAAAUAUGCUAACGCGGUAGCAUUGUGGAAACUGGUAUCCAACUCUGCAGCAAAACUGACCCGAGCGGCCAGAACAUUCAAUGUGAAGCCGCUGGUUCACAGCACGACGAUGUGUUGGAGUUCAACAACAGUAAGAUGCGGCACGGAGCAGACGUGACUAAAGAAUGUGGUGAUGAGAGGCAGGGCCUUUCAUCACCAGCCUGCGACAGGCUGAGUUGUCAUCGAAACAAAUGGAUUUAUCACAGCUCUCAUGAGGACGCCACUUUCAUUUCGCACUUUGGUACCACACCCCACCCAGAAGUAGAAUAUUUAUUUUUGUUUCUAAAGUUAAUAUUAAAUGUUCCCACUAAAUAAUG